CGACGGAAACCCCGUACAGACCUCCAAUAAAAUAUUUCUUUUGAAAUUUUGAACAAGGUUCGUUGCAUGCAUUUUAGCCUUAUUUAUACUAUUAUACGUAGGACAAAAAAAACCCAUGGACAUUGAAUGCGAGACAUCCAAGCUCCUCUGCAGCAGGAUGGAAAACAAUGCUUGCGAAUUACCAUCCAGUGCCGAUAUGAAAGAGCCGCUGAAACCCUUCCCUCCCACUGACGUUAUAUUUGAGGUAGAAGGAAAAGACAUACACCUUAAUAAACAGACGUUGAUGGAAAGGUCCCCCGUAUUUAAGACUAUGUUUGAAUCUGACUUCAUUGAAAAAGGAAAAGAAACAAUACCUCUGCCAGGAAAGAAGUAUGAAGAAUUUGUGAAUUUUUUAUACACUUUUUAUAACCCCGAACUGGUGGCUCCAAUAACCGAGAAAAAUGUACUGGUGGUAGGAUCUCUGGCAGAUGAAUACCAAAUCAUGGACCUCAAAGAUAAGUGCGAGUCAUUUAUCUUAGACCAUUGCAAACAAGUAUCUGAAAACAGGGGGAUCCGUAUUGAUGUAGAAACUCUGCUGGAUUAUGCUACGUACGCCGAAAAUCACAAUAUGACUUCAGCCCUUUCUCUGAUUAUAAAACUUUGCUCAAAACACAGCACCGAGUCUUUGAAAAAGGCAAAUCUUGAAGCAAAGGUUUCGGCUGAUACACACCGACAAAUUUUGGAUGUUCGAUGCUCUCUCAUGGAACGCCAAGUAGCAACCUCUGUAGAAAAAGGAGAACAAACUAUUUCAGACUUAAUGGAAUUUGCCUGGGAAACUCAAGAUUAUGAUAAAAUGAAAAAAUGCGAAGGGCGUCUCGUGGCUAUUUGCGAAAAGGCCAAUAAAGAUCCGCCUGACAUUGGAGCACUUACCAGGGUGACAAUUCUAGAUUACAUAAUUGCUGCUGAAAGAUUCAACCUGACACGUCUCUUGUCGUCUGCGAUCGAAGUAGCCUCUUCAUGCAAUUCUACGCCAUUGAUAAAUGAAGAUAAAUAUAAAGAUAUUUCAAAAUCAACACAGUACGAAAUAUGUAAAGAGCGCGUUUCUCUCCUUGAACAAGUAUGUACAAUAGAAAGUAAAUAUAACUUAUUUAAACCACCUGAAUAUCGCCCUAGAUAUAAAAAACGUAAGUGGUUUUAUUAAGGUAAAGCCAUACUCGUUGACGUCAUAUUGCAAAAAUCGAAUUGCAACUAUUGUGCAAAGCCCCCCCCCCCCCAUUUUUCAAAUCGAUUUUAGAUUCCAAUGCUAUAUUCUCUCCAAUAAUAAUGGGAAGUGGGUACUUUAAAGAUAUAUCUAAAAAAAAUGACUCAGUGCUUUAGAAUUAUGCAGAGAUCCACAAGUACAUCUACCUGAUGAAGAGGUUUUGAUCUGUGUAGAAGUGAAUUAUUGUCUUGAUAAGCUGAAGUCUUUGACAUGACUUGAUUUUUGUGGAAAAGAAAUAAUCGAUGUCUUUAAAAUUGUUUAAUGUAUUAGAAAUGUGGUUUUUUUAAAUUGUCAUAUUUAAAAAAAAUUCAAAGUGAAAA